UCCGCGCCAGCUCGUGCAAGUCUGGAAGCUGGUUUCACCCGGCCUCAAAAACCUCCAGCCGAGCCUGGAUCAUGUAGCAUCAUCAGAUCCAGUUCUCCAACUAGAAACAUCCUGGGAGCUUGCCAAAUCUAGGCUAGAGCGCGCAAAAGCAAAACCCCGAGCAUUGCCUCCUACCCGGGCAGCCAGGAAGCGUGUGCUCAUGGCAAGAAUCCAUGGUUUCUACCUUGAUGCGCUGGCCAGGCUGCCCAAGGACGAGCUGUGUUCUCGGUACCACUACAGCCUGCUCAAGGCGGGCCACCGCUAUGGCCCGCGGGACCCUGUCUCCAACAUCAUCAUCAACACCAUUUGGUAUGACAAAGCCUACCCGCCAAGCAAACAAUUUACAAUACAAAUGAUGAGCACCAGCUGCCUGAUGCGAAUUGUGGCCCGGUCAUUCUAUGGCCUUGUGUCCUUCAUGUGUGCCCGCUACCCGGAUCGUACAGUCGGCCAGAUUCUGCAGCGCCUACAAGAGGUCAAUGCUGCCCUGCGACAGGCUGCAUCGUCUUUCAGAGGCCCCGAUGUCCAAGUAGCAUAUAAUGCGGCAGCCAUUGCUGCGAGCCACCCCGUGCCGCAUCAGCAGCAAGCGUUUCUUGGACUACCUCACUCGGUGCAUAUGCUUCAGUUAGCCUGUACGAGGGUGAUGCCUAACGAUCGCAUACUCUCCUCUGAGAAUGUCGAGACCAUUGCCACUUUGAUCAUGCCUCCCUUUGCUGAUGAUGAUGAGUUGAACCAGCAACCACGCCCUGAGCCUCGAAAGGUAGACAACACAACCUUACUUGUGUCUUCUCAUCGAUGCCAACAGUUCUGGGCACAGCAUGAACUAGUCCUCAGGAAGGUGCAAGUAACACUGGCCAAAUUCAACAACAGCAAGGUGCACAAGUAUAAGCUUCAUUUUAUAUGUGGUGUCAAUGAACGCGUAUCUGGCCCGGAGUACAACAUGAACAUAGGAUACAAUCCGGGGAAUCCUCUAAAAUAUUAUCACAGCCAUAUCAAUUUUCUUGCAACUUGUCAAGACCCUCAAUCUGUUCAUGCUCCUGCAAAGCUCUUUUUUGCAGAGUGUGGCAACUAUAGCCCUGAUGAGUCUUGGUGCUUACCUUUGAAUCUGGAUCAAGACACUGAGCAUGUUCGUUGCAUUUACUGCGAGAAGGAAGGGACUAGGAUUGUGCAUCCCGCUGCCCAUGGUUUUCAUGGGCGUGACAUAGAGUUUGAGAAGGUGCUGCUUGGAGAACGUCUUUUUCGUGGAUCAGACGGAUGCGCCUACACCAACAAUCAUCUAUAUGUCAAAGCCUGUCACACCCGGUUUUAA